AUGUCGUACUAUCGGGAGAGUGUGCGCGACGAGUACGACGACUACGACCGGCCCAUCACCAUCAAGCGCUACGUUGUUGGAUCCGACGAUCGCGACGACCGCCGCGACGACCGCCGAGAUGAACUAGUGAUUCGCCGCAGGACCGAUCGCGAGGAGCCCCUGGAGAUCCAGCGCUACAAGCGCGAGGUGGACUACUACCCCCUCCCCGUCGUUAUGAUGAUGAUUACGAACUCCCUGGAAUCCCUGGAUAUGCGGAGUCAUUGCCAUGACGAACGUCGUGAAUAUCGUGCACAUCAUGGUGGCUACCCCAGUCGUCGAGAACAAUUAGUAAUGGUUCCUAAAGCUCGCUAUGUUAAUUCCCGUGAAUCCGACUACGAGAUGGUACGUCGUUCCGAUGCCGAGGACGACGUCUACUACCGUCGUCGUCGCUAUGAUGAUCGUCGCUCCCGUCGCGAUAUAAGCCCGGAUGAUUCCAUCUCCCAGACCAGCCGCCGUCGUCGCAGUGACCGAGACCGGGAGGAUUACAGCAGCGAUGACAGCAUGGUCUAUAUUCGCAAAGAGACCCGUGACUACGACGACGAACACCCUCAUCACCGCCGCCACCUGGCCGAGGGAGCUUUGGUAGGUAUGGGUGCCGCAGAGCUUGUACGAAGCCGCAGCAAGCGGAAUGGUAAGGAAGUGAGCCAUGGCGUAAGCCAUGCCGCGAAAACCGCCGGUGCCGGCGCCUUGGGUGCUGUUGCCGUCAAUGCUGCUUCCCAUAUCCGUGACUACUACCGCAGCAAGAGCCGCAGCCGUCAUCGCAGUCGUGGCCGUCACAGUAGAAGCCGCAGUCGCAGCCGCUCUCACUCCCACUCGCGUGCGAAGACCCUGCUCGAGCUGGGUGUGGGCGCUGCCGCGGUGGCUGCUGGUGUGGCCGCUCUUCGUAACAACAACAAGGAUAAAGAAGAGCGCCGCUCUCGCUCCCGGAGCCGUUCCAAGUCCCGCGGUCGUGGUCUCAGCACGACUCGCUCUGAGAAGGGUGAUGAUCGCAGCUUGUCCCGGCGCCGAAAGCAUAUGAUCGAGGCUGGCGCCGCUGGUGCAGCUCUGGGUGGCAUUGCCCAAUAUGCCAGAAGCCGCUCGCGCUCGGGUAAGCACAAGCGGUCUCAAAGUCGAUUGAGACAAGCCCUUCCAGUUGUCGUCGCUGGUCUGGGGACCGCAGCCGCCACUGGUCUCUACGAGAAGAAGAAGGCCGAAAAGCAAGAAAAAGAGGGAAAAUCCCGUGAACGACGUCGUUCUCGAUCUCACAGCCGCGGAGCUCCAAUAGACGGGUCAUACCCCGAUCCCACUCGCGAUUCGGCCGGUCUGAUUGAAUACGGCAACGGCGGUGUCGCCGGUAGUAUCCCGGCUGACCACUACUACGGCCAGCCACCCAGCCCCGGCGCUCCAUACUACUCUGAUGGGCCCCGAUCUUCCCGCAGCCCCCCGACGAAUCUGAUCGGGAAAGACGCCAUAGACACCGUCAUAAGGGUGAUCGCGAUGACCGGGCACGCUAUGAUGGGGCUGAUCCGUAUGGGGACCUUUACAACCCAGGGCAAUACCCCGAGGCACCCCUCCUCAACCCCCGCAGGGCGACAACUACUACCCCAAUACCAACAAUUUCCCCCCGCCACCUCCCUCUACGACCAAUUUGAACGCGCCCCCAGGCCCAUACAACCCGGCAGACUACCCUCCACCCCCGGGGCCGCGCCGCCAUCGCAGCCCUACAAUUAUGGAGCCCCCGGCCAAGGUACGGAGACCUAUGCCCCUCGACCUCGUCAUGCCGAUGAAAAUGUGAGAUCCAAUCCCAAGGCUCAAGCCCAAGGAAGAGCGACAUUAGGCAUUCCCAACGAAGAACCGUCCACGCCAGACUCCAAGGCCAAAUUGAGCAAGAGCGUAGCUUUUGCUCUCGAACCACCCCAGGAUUCUGGCUAUGAGACUGACGACAGUGACUCUUCUUUGGACUCCCAGCGGAAACCCUCCGACCGCUCCUCUGGGCACCGUGGCCCUCUAUCUUCGUCCCACCCACACCAGUCAAGCCAGUUUGCCUCUAAUUCACACCCCCAUGACCCUAAUCGGAGGCCCCAGUCACCUGGCAGUUCCGACUCGGAAUCGACCAUAGAUCUUCCCGAUCGCUUCGACAAAAAUGGUCGUCCGCUUUCACGCAACCCUGAUCUAUCUGAAAUAUUAAACGAAGAUCCCCUGCUGCGGAAACUCACUCGACUGCUAUUUUGA